AUGGUUCGGGAGCAGGAGGCGGCGAGGGUGCCACUGUCCCCAUCCGUGGUCAAUGCUGCUCGUCAGCCUGAUGACAGCAAAGAUCCACCACAAUUCGGUAAACCGACCGCCCUGGGCUCAACGGCCUCCCCGCACAUCAAAUCCACUCAGUCCAACGUUUCCGCGCAGCGAGCGCCGGCCGCUGCUAGUAACAAGGACAGCUACAACCAUCUCUUCAUCAAGAAUAACAGACCAGAUUACCACAAACCUCAGAUGAGCUCGAAUCCUUUCCACCAGCUUAAGAACAAAGUGGAGCAGAAAGUGCACGACUACGUCGAUAGAAAGAAUGGUGAUCCAUCGCAACAGCAGGUUUCUUCAAAACCGGGAGCCAGCUAUUCCAGUCUUAGCAGACCGGAUCGCAGUGAUGAUGUCUUCAUCAUUCCCAAGCCAUCUGACGGCCCCUCAUGGCGCCCGCAACCUGUUGCGCCACCCCAGAAGUUGUCGACCAAUGUCAAUACAAACCCCUACUUUCGUCCAGCCCCGGCUCACAACUUUGUCGAUCUGACUGCACUUAGCCACGGCGCCGAGUCUGCCAAUGCAUUCCAUCAAGAAUUUUCCUCUUCCGACCCGUUCACCUAUAUGGACUCUGCCAAAGCAAAUGAGAACAUCAAGGCUCUUCUUGAGGGCGCAUUCGAGGACGACGAGGACAGACCACGCACGAGGAGGAGCAAGAAGAAGAAGAAGAAAGAACAAGAUUUGAACAAUUUGGCCAGCAAGACGGAGAACGUGAAGCUCGACGAUCAGGAACAGGAAGACGAGGAUGCUGAAGAAGAUGGCUCAAUUGAAGGUCUCAAGGUUAAACUACUCCCACACCAGAUUGAUGGUGUGGAAUGGAUGCGAAACAAGGAACUCGGUACAAAGAAGACUCGAGGAAUUUUUCCUAAAGGUGGCAUAUUGGCUGACGAUAUGGGCUUGGGCAAAACGAUCCAGUCCAUUGCAUUAAUCCUCACGAACAAGAAGCCAACAGCCGAAGAGCUAGAAGCAAACCCAAAGCGAAAGCUCACUCCUGGUCUAGACAAAGGCACUCUUAUCGUUGCGCCGCUUGCUCUCAUCAAACAGUGGGAAGGCGAACUCAAGAACCGCGUCGAGGACGAUCACGCACUAAAGGUUUGUGUCCAUCACGGUCCCAAGCGCGCGAAGAGCUCCAAGGACUUGAAGAAAUACGACAUAGUCAUCACUACUUAUCAGACCCUGACCAGUGAGCAUGCCGACUCAGGUGGUGAGAUCAAGUCUGGAUGCUUUGGUCUGAAAUGGUACCGCAUCAUCCUUGAUGAGGCACACUCGAUCAAGAACCGUAAUGCCAAAGCUACCAAAGCUGCUUGCGCUCUAGAUGCCGAGUAUCGUUGGUGCUUGACAGGCACACCGAUGCAGAACAACCUCGAUGAGUUGCAGAGCUUGAUUCACUUCUUGCGCAUAAGUCCACUCGAUGACCUGAACGUCUGGCGAGAACAGAUCACGAAGCCCAUGAAUGGCGGUCGAGGUGGCCUCGCAAUUAAGAGACUGCGGGCCGUCCUUCAGGCGUUCAUGAAGCGACGCACCAAGGAUGUCCUGAAACAGGACGGCGGCUUGACCACGGGCAAGAAGGUCGACGGCAAAGGGAAGGAGAGCUUCAAGAUUGUUCAGAGAACUGUCGAAAACAUCGAGGCCGACUUCUCUCCCGAAGAACGAGCCUUCUACGCCAAAUUGGAAUCCAGGACCGAUAAACGCUUAGAGAUGAUGAUGGCUGGCAACAAGAUGAGCUACGCGAGUGCUUUGGUGUUGCUAAUGAGACUUCGACAGGCUUGCAACCAUCCAAGACUCACUGGAAGUGAUUUAAGUCAAGAGAAAGAUGCGCUAAACGCUUCCGGCAGUCAAACUCCUUCCCGAAAGAAGAAUGGAGAAGAUGAUAUGGACGCCAUCGCCGGUAUGCUUGGUGGACUGAGUGUAGAGACUAAGUUGUGCGACAUGUGUCAGAUCGAGCUCACCCCUACAGAGGCCAGCGCAGGCAAUAUUCGGUGUACCGACUGCGAGGCUGAUCUUAACGACGACAUGUUCACGGUAAAGGAUUUCAAGGAUAAGAAGUCUGCCAAGAAGAAGCACAGAAAGGCUUCUAUGGCCAAGCCCCUGCGCGAGAAGCGCCGACAGGCCCAGCGCGUCAUUAUCGAUAGCGAUGACGAAGAUGCGGAUUCCAGGGAUGCCUCAGCCAUCAAGACUGCGCCCGACUCUGAACCUGGCAAGGAUUCUGACGAAGAAUCGGAGGAUGAUGAGAUCUAUGGAACCUCCGAAUCCGAAGACGAACCACACAACGACUUAGUCGCGUCCACAAAGAUCCGUCACCUACUCAAAGUCCUUCUGGCAGACUCGUCCAAGCACAAGUACAUCGUCUUCUCGUUCUUCACCUCCAUGCUCGACCUCAUCGAGCCUUUCCUUGACGCACAGAACAUUCGUUACGUCCGUUAUGAUGGUGCUAUGCGGAACGAUAUGCGCGAAGCCUCUCUGGAGUCAUUACGCAGUAAUCCGAAGACGCGAGUACUCCUGUGCUCCCUUCGCGCCGGCAGUCUGGGUUUAAACCUGACAGCAGCUAGCCGGGUGGUCAUUCUUGAGCCUUUCUGGAACCCCUUCGUUGAGGAGCAGGCCAUCGAUCGUGUCCACCGCUUGAACCAGACUCAAGAUGUUGUCGUCUACAAAAUGACAGUCAAGGACACUGUGGAGGCAAGGAUUGUCGAGUUACAGGACAAGAAGCGUGAGCUUGCCAAGGCGACCAUCGAAGGCCAGAAGGGCGGUGCGAUGAAGUUAUCGCUACAGGAUAUGCUCAAGCUGUUCAGACACGAUGGUGGCGAGGAUGACCGCAAGCUCGAUAUGAUCGGCAUGAAGCAAGGAGGUGGACUUCUCGAGCGCGGUGAGAGCACACGGGAGACAGAGGCCCCACGAUCAAAUCCAGCAUAUGCGUCGGAGAGACGGGGCAUGACCGCUGCGGAGAGGGACCGAGAGCGAGAGAAGGAGAGACGGAGGCAGCAAGGCAUUCCGGAGGUUUACGGACGGCGUUGA